UAUGUAUUGAUCGACCUACUAGUAUCUCGUUCGUAUCCGUUGCAACGGCACACCUCUCUGUGGCAUCGGCAGCCACUCCGUCCAAGGUCUAAUUCUUGUAUGAUAAGGUUUGGCUAUGAAUGUACCCUUAUCACGAACGCUGCGGGUUAGGGGAUGUUAGCCAAGCUGCCACAGGGUUAUCCGCGCAGACGGCGCUUGUCGCAUAUCCCGCAUUCCGCGCCCACAUACUUUGUUUCCAACCCUGUCGACGCAGAAUGACCAUGGUACCAUGUCAGCAAGCAGCAAUGCUCGUGAGAAGAAAGUGCGGAGUGCCUGUCAGCGGUGCCGUGAGCGACGAGUCAAAUGCGAUGGCCGGACGCCAUCGUGCUCCAAGUGUGAGAGGGCGGGUGUACGUUGCAUCGACGUCGUUGCUGUAGCGGGCCAAGAGAACGUACCACGGGGCUUUGUUACUGAUGCACUGUCCCGCCUUACAUGGCUGGAGAAUGUGGUCAAGACACGCUUGCCCGAUGUUGACCUCUCGACUGGGUCUUUGGCGAGGACAGCAGAGACGCCGGCCCCGAUUCCUCCAGCCAGCCUUCUCCGGACCACAGGAUCAGGCGAAGUUGGGAACGAUACCACACUCAACCAGCUUUCUCGCACCGCGGGCUCGACUGCUCCAGCAGAGCGUGUCCGGACCGUGGGAACAGGAGAAGGGGACGAAACCACAUUGAGCAACCACCUUGAUCCUUACCCGGCGGGCUUGGCUCCUCCAGCAAAACGUUUGCGCACUACUAGUACAGGUACAGGACCUGAUGAGGGUGAGGGAGAUUCAGUAAGCAUCCAAUUCGAUCCUGGCCUGAUCUCUUUUCAUCUCGCCGUGCCACGCUUGCAUUAUCUCGGCGCUUCCUCCGGUAAUUUGUUCGCCCACUUGCUACCUGGCGGACCUAGCACCAUACAGCAAAGGUUCCAAGUCCCUAACACGAGAGACCACGACGACCCGACCGCGGAGCGUGACGGUGACAGGAAGCUCCUGGACGAUUUACGCGCCGUCUUGCCUCCCCGAGAUGAAUGCGACCGGCUUGUGCGCCUGUUCUUCUCCCACAACCAUCCGGUGUAUCCUGUUUUGCACGAGCCCAGCAUCGUAGCGCUGAUCGAGGCACUGUAUGCCAGUAUCGCCACUCCCAACACAUGUCGUCUCCAGCACAACGGCUGGCCCGAUACUGUUGUACCCUUCUCUUACAAUGGUGAAGUCGCUCAUGUGGACGACAAGGAUGUCACACCAAUCUCCACAACUACUGCUGCCGCUAUCUUGCUCAGCGUCCUCAGCAUUGCCUCCUAUGUCCAAGCACGCCGGCGUCGUUUUCCAGCCAACCCACAGCGCUACGAAGGCAAGGCAUUUGCUCUGACCUCGUUGGCGCUAGCUGAGAUUUCUCUGCCCUCAACACAGCUCGUAGUAUUGUCUGUGAUGCAUGGCUUUCUCAGUCAACAUAGCGGCAACGCCUGGGUGCUACUCCAUUUGGGCAUGGCCUAUGCCGUCGACAUGGGCCUCCAUCGCGACGCUAACCCUGCGGAACGCUUCUCCCGCGUCACAGUUCAGAUGCGACGCCGCACCUUUUUCUGUCUCUACAGACUUGAUAGAUUCAUUGGCGCUAUUCAAGGGCGGCCAUUAGGGUUCCCAGACGAUGCUUUUGACCUGAAUUUUUCUUCUGUCCUCUCUGACUCGAUCCAUACUAGUCCUGAUGCUGAUCAGGACUAUCUGGGCUAUUCCAUUCUUCGAUUUCAAUGGGCGCAGUUGGUGUCCGAGAUCAGACAGCAUCUGUACCGGUCAUCCCCUUCAUUACCUGAACCGACACGCUCGAGCUUGCAAGCCGACAUGCUCACGCGUUUAGAUGCCUGGCUGGACGAUGGCUUGAGACAAAUGGAUGCACUUGCCGUGGGUCAGACGCGACGGUUUCAGACCGAACUCCAGAUCGACUACUACUACGCAGUGGGCCUUCUCUAUCAGCCUUCUCCCGGCAGCCCGCAGCCCGACAUAGCUGCUCUUCGCCGUUGUUUCGAGAGUGCGGCCAACCGCCUUCGGCUGUUUUGGUCCUUGUAUGAUGAAGAAUGCCUCAUCCUGAGCUGGCUCACUGCACAAGGCAUCUCCCUCGCUGGUUCUACCCUGGCCUAUUGCAUCUGGAGUUCUAAAGAGAUUCGCGCAUCUGUCUCCAUCACACAGCUGUCUGCAGACCUGCGCCUUUGCUCCAGCCUACUGACCGUCGCGGGCGAGUGGUGGCCCUCCGCGCGGAGAGGAAGCCGCAGUUUUCAACGUCUGGCCAACGUCACCAUGGAUUUGAUGUCUUAUGAUAAGCAAUAUACUCGUGCCAACGAUCCGACAACAUGGACACGUUCGGAACGGGCUAAUGACGCUGUCGACGAGGUGCCGUUUGUGCCUCAGACAAGCGGUGAACGGGGCAUGGAGAACAUCGAGGACAUUUUCAAUUCAUUCCUUCAUGAUGACUUCCAUCUACCAGAUAUGUUCGGGAGCUUUCAUACACCUUUUUUCGAGCCACCGAACGAUCCGAUCUGGGAAGCACAGGCCUAUGAUGUAUGAGUUAUGUGGUACAUUUGGGCUCUUGUAGGAAAAGUCUCAAAGACAUAUGGGCAAUUGAAACAAGUAUUUAUGGAACAAAGUUGACAAACAUGUAGUUCUAGAACAGGAUAUAUCAUAUCUGAAACAAGAAGAUUGCCAAUCGAAGCGAAGCCCUGUGCAAGUAUAAAUCAGCCAAGUAUAAACCAGAUGUCCAUCGCAG